CCCCCAUUUUCGGCUCCGUUUUUACACUUUCUCUCCACCAUAGUCGCCCGACAACCGCGACGAAGCGCUAUUCCAGAUCGCGGAAUCCAUCUCGAUUCAUCGCAUUGUCGCGUUUGGUUAUCGAUUCCAGCAAUUAUACUAGCGCUACAAGAUUAUCGCGAGGAUUGUUUCUGAUCUUAUCGCGACCUCUGCGCCUGUCGAUUAGCCUGUUCUGCGACCACUGGACAUCAUCAUGGGUCUUCCUUUGUUCGGCGUAAAGACCGAGACGGAGCAGUCUCGCAAAUUCCCUGCCAAAACCUCGUCAACGUUAAACUCAGGCAUCCGAAGAGCCUACCGAGACGACUCACAGGAAAGACGCCAUUCCCUUCGACGCGCUGCCUCCCGACUCUAUGGCGCUGGAGCCCGCGAAGGACAUCCGACGAUACCAGAUACGCCAACACGAUGGCUAGAACAGGCUGCUGCAGGGCUGUCUAAUUCUACUGGAUCAUCGCGUCGGCCGAUGCGCGAAGCGUUGCGCGAGUUUGGAAGAUACGAAACCGGCCGCGGAGAGAGUACUCGCCGACCCAACAUCCCCGAUCAACUGGGUGAGAUUUUCGGGCCGCCCACAUGGCCUGAAGCCACGCACUCUCGGCAGACGCCACACGAUGAUAGCUAUGAAACAGAUUUGGGUUGGUGGUCUAUCGAGUCUGGAAAUGCAGCGCGCAAUGCGCGAAUGCUAUCGUCCAACUUUUCCCCGCAGCCACGAAUUGCAGACGCUGUGAGCCAAAGACGAAGCCGACCCGGCGCACCCACGUCAGACGUAGAAGCUGCACGCCUCAGAGCAAUUGCUGAUGUUGGUGCAUCACAACGCCGUACUGGUGCCUCGUCAGCGUCCCGUUCUAGAGAGUCUCGCACACGUGGUUUUGAUGGCCUCGGCGACAGAGAACGUAGUCUCAGCCCAGAAGGCUGGGAUACACUGCUGUCCACUCUCACACCAGACCCUCAAGCUCCUAGCGCCAAUUCCUCGUUUGCUUCCGGAGCACAGACACAAGGCGCGAGCCAAGGCAACGGAGCCGUCUCGGAACCCGCUGCCGGUGCGGCUGGGCUCAGAGGAGACUCGUUGCUUGAUGGACCCUGCGACUAUGAGAAUUCCGAUGGAGAGAGAAUUGAGUACGAGCAUCCAGACUACGCAAGAAUCCGUCGUCGCCGUGAGGAACGACGACUAAACCGCUCGCGUGUGCCCGACUUCAAUCUAGAUGGGCCUGGCGAUCGGGACAUUGGCUUCGGUCUCCGCGUCUUAGGAGGCGUUGACAAUCGACGGGGCACCGUCAAUGCUAGGCUUACUGGUCGGUCACGCCAGGAUACCGACGAGAUCCCCGGACCGCAAGUCACCAACAACAGUAGCUCUGACGACGCCAGCACGUUACGAAACGGUUGGGUUGGUCGCUUCUUGAUUGGUGUUGCGGAGGAACGUGAACCCGAGCCAUCGUCGGUGCCUCAACCAGAGGGCAACGAGGCCCCUAGCUCUAAUGCGCGGUCUGACGAGGAUUGGGUCGGCAUGCAACGAAUCGUCCGCCGUCUUGCUCACCGUCAGGACAUUCCUGAUGAGUGGUGGGCAGAGGUCGGAUUAAGCCGCAACGUCGUGAACUACGAGCCCUCUCAAGCCAGCUAGCCAUGACGCCUCGAAGCAAGAUGUCAUUUCUCAGGUGUUUCUUCUCUUUUUUUGGAUCCUUUCGGCCCCGGAGGUCUUUUGGUAGCGAUGUGCCAUUUGCUAUGAUUCGGCGUAUUUGUAGCAUAUAUGUGGUUUUUUUUAUGAUUUGGGUGCAUUGGAAUUUCAGCACAAUCGGCGUUUGAGCGGCUGGUUUGUCAUUGUCCAUUUUUUUUUGGUUUCUGAAUUAUAUGUUUCAAAAAGUCUUACACUUUACGAAUAAUUAACAACAGCCCAUGAUGGCUGGCCCUUUUUAUCGUUUUCUCCAACU